UGUGUCCCGGCGGCCCCUGCGGCUCGCGGUGGGGCGGGAAAUGUCCGGCCGUCCCAGCCCCUUGCCCCGCACCCGGAGCCCAGUGGGGUCGGUGUCCCCGGCCCGCGCUGCGCCGGGAAGGCGAUGGCGCCGGCGGUAUCGAAGCUAAGGGCCGAGGCCGACGUCGGGGCAUUCCCGCGGCGGGCGCUCGCCCAGUACCUGCGCCUCCUGCGGCUCUACCCGGUGCUCACCAAGGCGACCACCAGUGGCAUUUUGUCAGCACUUGGGAACUUCCUGGCCCAGUUGAUUGAGAAGAAUCAGGAAAAAGAAGACUGCUCUCAAAAGCUAGAUGUCAGAGGGCCUCUCAGAUAUGCCAUUUACAGGUUCUUUUUCACAGGGCCGCUGGGUCACUCCUUCCACCUCUUCGGGGACUGGAUCCCUCCCGAGGCCCCCUCGGCAGGCGUCACGAGGCUGCUGCUGGGCCGCCUCCUCUUCGCACCCGCCUUCCUGUCAUCGUUCUUCCUCAUCGUGAACUCCCUGGAGGGGAAGGACGCGGCCGCCUUCACUGCGAAGAUGAAGAGAGGAUUCUGGCCGGCGCUGCAGAUGAACUGGCGAGUCUGGACUCCAGUGCAGUUUAUUAACGUCAACUAAGUCCCUUUGCAAGUAAGGCCAGCCCGGCACCGCGGGGCCAGAGAGGGGCUUCGAGCUCCCCCAAAGCCCACCCCCGCCAGCCGUCUUUUUCUCGAGCCUCAGGGUCACCCCAAGUUCCGGAUUCCUCCUGGGGCUUUCCUCUUCGCCCGGAAUCGUUACCGGUCUGGAUUCUGGCAGGCAAAGUGACAUAGAAGGAGGGGCCUCCCAAGCGGCGUCCACGCUGCGCCCUUUCCUCCCGGGCAGCGCUCGGCUUUCUAGGGCUGGAUUGCAGCCCGCACCCACGAAGCUGCGGGAGGGCAGCCUCCCCUGCAGGGACGUCAGGGCCACAGCGGGGCGGGGCAAGGGGCUCUGAGCUGAGGGUCGGAGCGUCUGGGUGGGGAACCUCUGCAAGCGGGACCGCAGGCCGCAGGCAGGCUGCGGUGAGGCCGCCCUCCGGUUUGCUGAAGGGCCUGCCGGUGUCCACUGCCUCCACACGCAGUACAGCCCAUCUGUGUCUGGGUCCCAAGACCACUGCCGGGUGGACGGGCUCACAGCCUAAGUUUAUGAGGGCCACGCAGCCAGGAUGCACAGCUGGAUCCUGGGAAUCCAUUGCUGGCAUCCUGUGCUCCCUCCCUCCCUCCCCUGAGGACCACACAGAGCAAGCCCUCACCCACCCGCAAAACGCAGGCACGUGGCGUUUCUGCCCAGGGUUUAAUGGGGGCUGGACACAUGGGCACUGCCCCCUGCACCAGAGUUCCCUACACCCCGGGAGGAAAGGCAGGAACCCCACAUGAAAUCCAAGUUCCCAGACACCAGCCGAGCACCAGCCUCUCAAACAGGCCUUUCCAGGGAUUCCCAGGCCUCAGGCCUGCUGUGUUAACCCUUUUCUGCACACCAUUUAAGUAACCUACCUGAAACUAGCUCAUACAGGCUGAUUUCCAUCCUGCUUUAGGGAGAGGAGAGAAAGAGACCUGGGGCAGGAGCCCCCUUGGGAAAGAGGUACCUUGCAAGGGUGGGAAGAGGGAGGGGACGGGCUUGGUAAUCACACACACACCCCCCAAGGGGUAGCAGAAAACCAGAGGCAGCGAUGGACAGCAAUAGCUGAUGCUGCAGGAAGUUAAAUCAAAAUAAAAAUCGGAAUGUUUC